AUGAAUGGGUUGCAGCCAGCCGCUGAAACGAAAGUUGCAGAAAGAUACCCACCUAUCUACAAUCCUCCACAUCAUGCAAUGAAGCCAUUUGUUGUGACCGAUAUGCACCGCAACGCCCUCGUUUGGUAUCUGCCGAAUAUACUCACCGCCGGGCGACAAGACGCCAUUUGGAAAUUACUCAAGAUCCUGGAACCAGCCCUUAAAAUGGAUAAUCGUACCAAAAACUGGAGGCAAAACUCAAAGAAUUUUCGUGAUCCCAAUCUCUGCAAACUCAAGCCGGGGACAGUCAGCAUAUCCCCCGCCUGGUUUCAGCAAGGGCAUGAGUCAAUGAUGUUCAAGUUGGAAGUUGGGGCACAAAUGAAAGAUGACGCCGCCGGAGGACACUGGGCGAGUGAGAUGCAAGAAUCCUCUGCCCUUAUUGGAUCGAUACUCGGAAUUACUCAUCCCCAGUUGUAUCAACAAGGCCUUGAGGCGCUGACACUUCUUUCUUCCGAGGGCGGCAAAUUUGUGGACAAUGAGGAACAACUUGUCCGGGCUUUGAAAGUUUGGACUUCCCCAUUCACUGCACUGUCGGUCAUAACCAACCGAAAUACCCCCGCGCAUCGCGAUACCAAAGGUAGAAAUGAAUGGCUUGACUUCGUGGUCGCAUUGGGAGAAGAUGACUCUGUCGGGGUCAUGACCUUCCCAGGCUUGGGGUUAACAGUAGGGUACAAUCCCGGAACCAUAAUCGCUAUAGCAGGGAAAGUCGUCCGACAUGCUGCUGAAUUUGAAGGCGGGGAGAGAGCUUGCAUUGCAUAUUACAUGCGGAACAAAGUACAAGAACGAUUAGGCAUCCCGGCGGGGACAUGGAUGAAUUGUUGUAUGUAUGAUGCCUAA